UUAUUAAAUAAAGUCACAUAUAAGUAGUUGUUCAAUUUUCAAAUCAUCAUUUAAUUAAACACUUAUAAGUCAUAAUCCUUUUUUUUUCUUUCCUCACAUUAUAUAUACACAAAACAACAACACUACUCUCCUUUUACUUCUUUUCAAUUUUACUCUCCGAUGUCGUCGCUCCGAUUUAUCACCGGAAUUAUCAUAACUGUCAUACUCGCCGGAGCUUCCACCGGAAGAGACCUCCGUCCAUCCGAUCACGGACUCAGUUUCCAGUCUCCACCACCAGCCAAUUCUCCAACAGAAAUGAGAUCCUUCUUCAACAGCAACAACAACAGCUCCAAUUCUUCUUCUUCCGACAAUUCGCCUUGGGGUAUUACAGAUUCUAUUCCGCCGGCGAUACAGAGAACCACCGGCAACGGCGGUGGACGGUUGGGAAAGGCUUUAGUAUGGGGGAGCUUGGUUUGUGGAAUCACAGGUGGCGUUUUAUUAGUGGUUUCUAUUUUUAUUUAUCUGUUUAAUAAAAAACGAAGAAGAAAUUCAGAGCAAAACGAUUCGUUUCGUUUUGAUGAUGAUAAUAAUUUCAAUUUAAAUAACAGUAAUAAUGUUGCUAAAAAACAAGAGUUAGUGCAGAAUUACUGACUUUUUUUAGGUUGAUUAAAUUUUUACUUCUAUAAAUAUUUUAAUUUUUUCUUUAGUUAUUAAAAUUUCAGUAACCUUUAGUUUCAAAUUUUCGGUUGCAAGUUUUUAUUCUUGUUUAUAAGUUAACUCAUAUGUAUAUUAUCAUAUUUUGUUAUUGAAUUUAUUUAUUCAUGUUUAUAAUA